UAUUGUUUAAACUGCUCAAAUCACACGGAGUUUCCAGACCGGACCAAACUUCCAUCGACACGAGUGAUGGCUGCCGCUGUGUCUGUUAGCGCAGCUGCCCAGGACGAGAGCACGGACGCGGGACCCAGUUUCGCCCCUCGUCCGCUCCACGACAACCACGACCAUGCUGCGGAUCACGAGAGCUGGAUGACCGGAGGCCGUCGGCGUUCCGAAGCGGAGGCCGGCGAGGAGGACCCGCCGCCGGGACGCGAGUGUCAGCGGAGGGUCGACGAGGACCUGACGUCCCUGAGCCCCGAGGAGGUCGAGAGCCGCUUGGAGAGAACUCGCCGGGAGUUUUACAACCGGAGAAAAAUCAUCAUAAAGAAUCUCCCCUCCGACGUCAGCAACCAGGAGGUCCACGAGCUGUUGUGCAACUACGACCUGAAGUACUGCUUUGUGGACAAAUACAAGGGCACAGCGUUUGUUACCCUGCUCAAUGGAGAACAGGCACAGUGUGCCAUCAUAGAGUUCCACCAGCAUGUGCUCAGGGACCGGGAGAUAUCUGUGCAGCUGCAGCCGACAGACGCGCUGCUGUGCAUCGCCAACUUGCCCCGUGCCUUCACCCAGCAGCAGUUUGAGGAGUUGGUGCGGCCCUUCGGUAACCUGGAGCGCUGCUUCCUGGUGUACAGCGCCUCCACCGGGCAUUCCAAGAGUUACGGCUUUGUGGAGUACAUGAAGAAGGACUCGGCCGCCAGGGCCAAGUCAGAGCUGUUGGGAAAGCAGCUGGGCUCCCGCAUGCUCUACGUCCACUGGACCGAGGUGGGCUCCCUCACCUACCCGCUGCUGCACUCCAAGUGUCUGUGCGUCGACCGCCUUCCCCCGAACCUGCUGACAGCCCAAGACCUACGCAACGCCCUGGCUGACACACAUGCGCCAGUCUUCUGCCAGUUGGCUCAGGGACAAGAUGGAAGUUUCCGCCGGUUUGCAGUUUUGGAGUUUGCCACUGCAGAGAUGGCAGAAGAGGCACAGCGACUCUCUGAUGUCAGGCUGCUCGGUGGGACACACAUCAGGGUGUCCUUCUGUGCCCCUGGCCCUCCUGGAAGAAGCAUGUUGGCUGCUCUAAUUGCUGCCCAAACCAUGGCUGUGAACAGGGGUAAAGGUCUCCUCCCUGAUCCCACAGCCAUGCAGAUACUCACAGGCCUUAAUAACCCUGCCACCCUCAAGAUGCUGCUCAACCCUCUGUCACAUGGGCACAAACAAGGCCUCCUUGGGGCAGCCCCCACGAUGCCACUGCUGGCCAACCCCGCCCUCUCCGCUGCCCUGCUCCAGCUGCUACUUCAGAACCAGGCCAAGGCACAGCAGCAAGCCUUUCUGGGAAAUCAUCUUCUUUGGGCUCAGGUGCUGCACAAUAAAGAAAACCCCCUAGUGCCUUGUGCAGGACUCAUCGGGGAGAAUCCUCUGGCUGCUCUGCCCGUCCAGCAGGGAGUCCAUCUGCUCGGAGACCUGCCCCAAGGUCUUGGUCUUCAGGCGGAUCCUCUGGCCCCCCAUAAGCCAAUGCCACUUGGCAGAGCCCUCACGAUGGAGCAGGAGUCUCCCACAGCAGCAUGUACCUUCCCCCAGACUUCCUCUCCCACCCUGCAGGGCAUCUCUAUGCCCAUGAUGGGUGGCAUGAUGGGGGCAGAUGGCCUCACAGCACAAGGGAUAUCCAUACUAGGAGAUCCUCCCAAAGAAAUGACGCAUCCCCAGAGUGCCUUCCUCGGUGUCAACAAUGGAUUUCCAUCAGGAGGAAGCUGCAGACCUCAUCCUUACAGGAAGAGGCCAACACUUAGCAAUGUGUCCAACCAGCCCGCACACCAGAGCAUACAGCCGAAUUACAGCCUGCGCUACCAGGACUCCUACAGCCCUGAAUACCCUCCUUUACACCAGGAUCCUCUGGCCCACUUGUAUGAGCAGCAGGAGAACCUCGAUACUGGAGCCUUGGCAGGAUUUGGACAGCAGGCCUCUGGUCACCCCGAAUACACCGAGCGAUUUUCCCACUACGGUUACCCUCCCAACCCACCCCUGUCCUCGUACUACAGCUCAGGGCCCGAGGCCUCCAGUAACGGGAGCCUGCCCACCACUCAGCUCAACAGGGCUGUGGGAAUGCCUCCUGUGAGUCACACUUCUAACUAUCCCCCAGGCCUGGACCAUGCUGUGAAGACUCCCAUUGGUAGCCACAAGCGUUUGUUCUCCCGGCUGAUCCCGUCUCCAGAGCCGAGCCCAGAGGGUGGCUACGUGGGCCAGCACUCCCAAGGCCUCGGUGGCCAUUAUGCAGACUCCUACCUAAAGCGGAAGCGUAUAUUUUAAACACAGUUGAAUACUUCAUGCUUUACGGGUAGCCAUUCAAAAGCUAUAGGACACAAUGGCAUUUCCUCCAAUUAACUUUGCAGUCUUUGGAUUUGUCUUAUGUGUACUCUUCUGAGUGACCCCUGGAGGGCGCUGAAGAGUGCGGCCUGUUGCUAUCUGGACACUCGUGUCUCUCCAUGAGAAUUCUUGGUUGGUUUCUUUUUUUGUGUAUAUAUGAUUUUAGUGUGUUGGUAAAUUAAGUUUUUACUUUUCUUUUUUUAAUUUGACUUUUAAUUUUCUGUUGAACAACUUGUACAGUGAGAAAAAAUGGUUAAUUAGCUAUUGAAGUCUUUUCUCUUCAGCAUUUUUUUUUAUUCCUGUGUUGCGUGUGGUUUAUGAGCAGAGCUACAGCUAGUUGGGCCAGUAUAAAUUUUGUAAUGUUUAAUAGCGCUAAAGUGAAGCUGUCCACACCAUCGUGCAAAGGGACGCCCAUUGAAUCAGCUUUACUUCCGAGGCUCUUUAAGUAGCCUUCCUGUUUCCAUGUAAAAAGUUCAGUAGUUUGUUUAAUGAGAUGGUGUAUUUGUGUUGUGGUGUUUGUUUUGUUUUCUCCCUUUUUGUUCCUUCCACAGGUUUAUUUUACCAUAUGACUCUUCUGGAAUCAGGCCUUUCUUCAUCAGUUAACAUUCAGCUUUCCAUCCAGCUGCUGACAGCUGCAUGUACCUGCCUGUGUUUUAUUGAGGUGAAGCGUUUUACCAUUGUAGCAUAUUUUCCCUGGAGCCUUAACUUUUUCCACGUUGUUCGUCUUUUUGAUCCACACCCUCCAAACUUGUUUAUGGAGUCUGUUCUCUACACUGGUUGUUCCGUGGUGCACUCGGAGGGCUCAGGUCGCAACGCUAAUCUGUUCUCACCUGUAGAGGAUGCUGUUUUCUAAGUCUCCGGGAGUUGAAUAUUUUCUGUGUUUUUACGUGAGUUGUUUGCUAAGUUAAAUUUUGAAUGUCUUUUGAAAGUCCACACACUUUAAUAUAAUUUUUUUUUUUGUGGUUGAGUUGGGUGGGGCAGUGAACAUCUGCUGUGUGCCAUCUCUCAAGCUGCCAGCUCAUAGUGAACACAGGCACCUCAGCGAGUCUCCUGACUCAGAUGAAUUAUUUUCUAGACGAUGACAGCUGGAAUGAUGGACGCAGCCGAUGUUCAAGUAUUCCCAGUAAUGGUGCGAGUCGAGUCUGUCUGAGGAUAUACUAAUGGAAGCUACUGGCAGGUGAUGGGUCAGUGACAUGACUGUCCUUGUUUUUCUUUAUUAUUAUUAUUUUUUUGUGAAUAACUAUCUGGUUGACAGUUUGAUUGUGAAAACCCAUUACCUCUGACUUCUGCUGGCAAAUGCAGCGACACUUGAGCCUUAACAGUGUUUUCUCUGUGAUCUCAUCCUGCCCUGUGUUGGCUUCCAUCUACAUUUACCAUUUCUGUGUUAUUUGCCGUGUAAAUAGUUGAAGCUUGAUCAUUUCCCCUUCGCCCCCAAAAGUUUCAAACUUUAGUUUUCUUGAAUCUUACCUGCCUCUGGUCUGGUGUUCUGAAUGAAUUUGCUGCUUUGUUUUCUUUUUUUUGUUUGCCUGUAUGUUUUGAAAGCUGAUGUGACCAAGAGUGGCGCCAUAGCAGACUGCUCAUGUUGUGUAUGGACCAAGAGAUGCAGCCGUACUGUUUGAUCAUCUUUCAUUUCGAUUGAUUCGAUUCUAACUGCUAUCCUCUCAUCUGUACCGCCAUGGUUGUGUGUGUGUGUGUGUGUGUGUGUGUGUGCGUGUGUGUGAGACAUGAGCAAGUAAAUGUUAUUUAAACUAA